CAACUCUAUCUUGCACGCAAAGCCACCCUUUCAUAUUCACCAGCAACUACCGAUCAACCUCACCACCACUCCGAUUCUACAUUUCCCUUAUACUCUACGCCGCCGUGGCUAUCAUGCACCACAGAAGCCGAUUAACCACAGCGGUGCCACCCCCUUCUCCUAUCCCAACCGCUAAAGGCUCCCGCUCCGCAGCCUCCGAAACCUUCACGCAUUUCCUCGACAACUGCCUCAAGAUCCCCGAGCUCAUCGCAUUGCCGCCUCCCCACCUCUCCGGCACCGGCCCACGUCACCAGAUCCCCGCUGACGUCGACUUCCGAUCCCUCUCAGCCGACUCCAUCUCCAGCCUCCUCGUCUCGGCCAAGCAACUCGGAGCGUUUCGGAUCAUCGGUCAUGGAAUAUCAACCGAUGAGUUAAGGUCCGUGGUUCAAGAAGCCGAAUCCGUUUUUGGAAAUGCCGAUCAUCAAUCUAGAAGUUUCGUUGAGCGCGUUGGUGAUCGUGAGGAGAUUGCUUGGGUUCGAGAUCAAAAGAGCAAAUCAGACCAACGAUAUGAGAAUUUUUGUAACAAUAUGGAUAAGGUUGCGAGUAAAAUUGAAGCGAUUGCAGAACAAGUGAGUGAAGUUUUUUAUAAAAAUGAGAAAGCGGAAUUUGUGAGAAGAAGUGAAGAGAAAGAUUGGGUUUUUAGGCUAUACAGAUACAAUGAUAAUACAAUGGAGCAAAACCACAGGAAUUCACUGAAUGAGAUCGACUGUGAUCGUGAGUGUGAUGAUCAUGGUUUUUGCAUCCACCUUCCGCUUGAACAUUCUCAGUUCUACAUUCAAUCAGAGCGAGGUCCAUUGUCUUUUGAUGCGGGCCCUGAAACGCUUGUUGUUACAGUCGGAAAGCAGCUAGAGGGAUUUAAAUGUGUUUCAUGGGAAAUGAUCAUUGUGCCUGACAUAAGCAGAAGCCAAGCCUCUUUGUCCUUGCAACUCAAAGUUCCAUUUUCGUCUAAUUUCAGAAAAAAUUCCAAGACAGUUUCGAUUGCUGAUCAAGUUUUCAUUGCAGUCUUCCUCUGCUUACUAUACAAAGUUGUGGUGUUCAUGUACGCUUACAUUACAACUACAUAGAUACACUCCUUUUCUUUUGGCUUUUGGGUGAGGGUGACAUUUUUUUUUUCAGAACAAGGUGACAAAUUUUUUUGGGUAUUGCCUUUUGGGUGACAUUGUCUGGUUUGGAGGAUCUACUCUUUUCUUUUAUACCCCUUUUUCUUUGUGCAUAAAACAAUGUACAAAAUGGGAUCCAUGGCUUGAAGGGUUUUGGUUUGUUCAUAUAUAGAAGCUAGUAGUACCAAUUGGAAUACGAUAUUUGUAUAUGCAGAUUGCAGACUUCAAUCUUUUGCCUUGAGGUUUGAUUAAACGAAUGAAGUUUUAUUGCUUCUUGUGGUGGAUUUCAAUAAUGCUUGUGAAUUGUAAGAAACAUCAAGGAGUUGUAAAUUCUUCAGUUUUCUAUAUAAUGGCAAAGAAACAUGAGUUUCUAAACUUCA